UUCGUUUUGUCUUUUUUCAUUUCAACAUUAAUCGCAAUGCCUGGCAAUCAAAAAAUUAAGAAAAAUGUGGAAAAUAAUGCCGGUGGGGCCAGAAAGAAGACUGCAACACUUAGCCGUUCGGAAUUCCAUCAAUUUGUGAAUAACACAGCACACCGUAAAACAACAAGAGAAAUAUUAGCGGAACGACUAAUAGUAGAGAGGGAGAGCAACACAGAAAGCAGUAUACAUGGACGAUAUACCGCCGACAGCAGCCGCAAACUCUCCAACGGGGUACCAAAGGCUACCCAGGCGCCAGCAAAACACGCGAAUCGGCAAGACCCAAAUGGACGCGACAACGAGAGUGUCUCUUGGAAAACAGAGUUCCAGGUGGCAGCAAAACUAAAACAUAGCAAUACAUGCCAUGUGCCACCAGAACCUUUGAGAAACAACGACGGACUAUCCGAGGUGCGAACGAAACCCUCGGCAGUGGAGGCAGCACCUCAAUCGGCCCCCCCCUAUGGCGUUAUGUGUAGCGAGAUAUCCGAGCGGUUCCCCGCACCUUGGCAUCAGAGCGUCCCAUUACUGCCGAGGAUUGCCUGCGCAAGGGGACGCGGAAAGCAGAACAAAUACCACGGUACACCCCAAACGCCACCAAAUACCUGGGAGCGGGAAGCAGCACCUGGAAUGUAUGGGAAAGAGUUAGCCAACGACUGCUACCGCGACAUCUACCGCGGAAUAUCCGAGCUGAGACCGGAACCUUCUCGGCAGAGACCGCAGGCAGGUACCCUGGCAGGUGGCAAUCGGAGCAUUUACUACGGAGAAUCUCUGCGGCCACCAAAUAACUGGAGACUCAGAAAGCCAUACGUGCCGCCGGAAGCCCCGAUGUCCAUGGGCAAGGAGUACAUAGGCUGCGAAAUAUCCGAGUUUUUCCCAGUACCACCGGAAAACCCAAUACUCGGGCUCACAGAGGGCAACACAAGGUGCCAGAGAACAGAGUGGAACCAGAACCAGCCACCACAUACCUGGGAGCGGGAAGCAGCACCUGGAAUGUAUGGGAAAGAGUUAGCCAACGACUGCUACCGCGACAUCUACCGCGGAAUAUCCGAGCUGAGACCGGAACCUUCUCGGCAGAGACCGCAGGCAGGUACCCUGGCAGGUGGCAAUCGGAGCAUUUACUACGGAGAAUCUCUGCGGCCACCAAAUAACUGGAGACUCAGAAAGCCAUACGUGCCGCCGGAAGCCCCCAUGCCCAUGGGUAAGGAGUACAUCGGCAGCGAAAUAUCCGAGUUUUUCCCAGUACCACCGGAACACCCAAUACUCGGGCUCACAGACGGCAACACAAGCCGCCAGAGAACAGAGUGGAACCAGAACCAGAACCCAAUAACCUGGGAGCGGGAAGCAGCACCUGGAAUGUAUGGGAAAGAGUUAGCCAACGACUGCUACCGCGACAUCUACCGCGGAAUGUCUGAGAUGCGACAGGAACCUUCUCGGCAGAGACCACAGACAGGUACCCCAGAAGGUGGCAAUCGGAGCAUUUACUACGGAGAAUCUCUGCGGCCACCAAAUAACUGGAGACUCAGAAAGCCAUACGUGCCGCCGGAAGCCCCCAUCGAAGCGAUGCCCAUAGGCAAGGAGUACAUCGGCAGCGAAAUAUCCGAGUUUUUCCCAGUACCACCGGAACACCCAAUACUCGGGCUCACAGACGGCAACACAAGCCGCCAGAGAACAGAGUGGAACCAGAACCAGAACCCAAUAACCUGGGAGCGGGAAGCAGCACCUGGAAUGUAUGGGAAAGAGUUAGCCAACGACUGCUACCGCGACAUCUACCGCGGAAUGUCUGAGAUGCGACAGGAACCUUCUCGGCAGAGACCACAGACAGGUACCCCAGAAGGUGGCAAUCGGAACAUUUACUACGAAGAAUCUCUGCGGCCACCAAAUAACUGGAGACUCAGAAAGCCAUACGUGCCGCCGGAAGCCCCCAUGCCCAUGGGUAAGGAGUACAUCGGCAGCGAAAUAUCCGAGUUUUUCCCAGUACCACCGGAACACCCAAUACUCGGGCUCACAGACGGCAACACAAGCGGAACACCCAAUUCUCUGGCGGAACACCCAAUACUGAGAUUCACAGAGGGCAACACAGGCUGCCAGAGAACAGAGUGGAACCAGAGCCAAGGUGUCGCCUCCGACACAGACCACAGCCAGAUAGUCUUCAAAAACAAAUGGCUUGUGUUAGCAAAAGCAAAGGAAUCGGGACCCCGCGAGGUUCCAAUACCCUGGGCCCAACGAGUGGCAGAGGCACGCAGGGAGCAGAAAAUCCAAAUUUUGAAGAGGUCUGAGCCAGCCGAAGCUUCGUUCACAAUUAAAGAUGAACCGCUCCAGGGUGUGCCUAGAGGUGAGGCGAGGGUGCAGUCCUGCCGGCCCAUACCCACGCCAGCGCGUUGUGUGCCGAAGGAGCUACAGCAGGUGGAUCGCAUGACGUCGGCGGACUUUCGGCACGACUACGCCGCCCACGUGCUGAACAUGCGCACGCGGCUGAAGAACCAGGAGUACGUGCACUACUUCGAGAAGGUCAUCAGGGAGAACGCGCACCUGUUCAAGGGGCGCGUCAUCCUCGUCCUGGCUUGCGGAGUGGGCACCCUGGCGCUGAUGGCCGCCCGCUUGGGCGAGGCGAAGCGCGUGUAUGCCGUGGACCACUCGAUGGUGACCAACUAUGCGGCGCUGGUGGUGAAGCAGAACCACUACGAGGGCACCGUGAAGGUGCUGCAUGGUCGCGUGGCCGAGCUGCAGCUGCCCGAGCAAGUGGACGGGAUUGUGUGCAACUGGAUGGGCCAGUCGCUGCUCUGGGACUCGGAGAUCCUGGAGGUGCUGGAGGCGCGUGAUCGCUGGCUGAAGAGCGAUGGCUUCAUUCUGCCCGAUUUGGGGGACCUCUAUCUGCUGGGCGCCGCGGAGCCCGAGCUGAAGGGUCUCUGCAACUGGUGGGUGCACGUGUACGGCUUCAACAUGAGCGCCAUGCGUCAGUGUGCCCUCUCCGAGCCUCGGUUCGCCAAGACCAAAUGCGACGGCGUCCUCACCCUUGCCCAUCGCGUGCUGAAGCUCGAUUUAAUGAGCGCCACCAAGGAGGAUCUCUACAUUGAUCGGGAGAUUCGCCUGGAGGUCAUCCGGGAUGGGCACUUGGAGUGUUUCACGCUGUACUUUGAUGUGGCGUUCAGCCGAUGCCAUCGUAAACGCAGCCUCAGCUGCAAUCCCUGCCUCAACAAGAGCCACAAGUCUCUCUGGCUGCAGACCGCUCUCUUCGUCGAGAGCGCCUUUGUGCUCCGCGAGAACCAUUUCUACGCUGGUAGCUUCAUCUUCCGCCCCCUCAAGGGAAAGGGCAUCGACAUGAAACAGAUGGAGAUCCUCAUCCAGUUGUUUGUGAGCCAGCGCCCCGAGGGGGACAUGGCGGCGUGCUUUGGCAAUCGUUUGGUGGCAAAGCGCUGGCUGAUGCUGGACCGCCAUCAGACGGUGGCCGAAGUGGAUAGCUGCCAGGAUGCAGAAUAUUGA